AUGUCAAUGAUUGAAGAGAUUGACCCCCGUUUUAAAGCAUACUUAUACGAUAUUGGCUAUCAUAGAUGGUCUCAAGUACAUGCUAUGGUGAACAGAACUUGGACAAUGAUAUCAAACAUUGCAGAGUCGUCGAAUGCUGUAACAAAAUAUGCAAGAGAACUGCCGAUAGUAGAACUAUUAGAUAUGAGGACCCUUCUUGAACGUUGGAUGAAGGAAAAGUUAUUGAAAGCAAAGGGUACAUUCACAUACCUUGGGUUCAAAUUCAACAAAGAGUUGGAUGACAACAGAACAUUGUCGCAUAAGCUUAGAGUAAGGACUUCAACAGACUACAUCCAUACAGUACUAGAUGGUGUGAGUCACUAUAUUAUUUGUCAUGAAAACAAGAGAUGUAGUUGUGGGCAAUUCCAGCUUGAUGAACUUCCUUGUCCACAUGCUUUGGCUGCUUUAAGACACAGGGAUGAGUCUUUGAACAAUAUUUUUCUCCUUAUUACACAAGGGAGAACCUCUUGCGUACUAAUGAAAUACCAGUAA